AUGAAGACUGUGUGUGUAACAGGGGCAUCAGGCUAUAUCGCUUCAUGGCUCGUUAAGUUCUUGCUUCUGCGCGGCUACACUACACAACCUUUACUGGCGCUUGAUGGUGCAAACGAGAGGCUUCACUUGAUAAAAGCAGACUUACUUGAAGAGGGAUGUUUUGAUGCUAUUGUUGAUGGCUGUGAUGGUGUUUUCCAUACUGCUUUCCCAUGUUUCCAUACAACCAGCAAUCCUCAGGAAGACUUGAUUGAUCCUGCAUUAAAGGGGACACUGAAUGUGCUUCGAUCGUGUGCGAAAACACCAUCAGAAGACUUGAUUGAUCCUGCAUUAAAGGGGACACUGAAUGUGCUUCGAUCGUGUGCGAAAACACCAUCAGUUAAAAGGGUUGUUCUGACUUCCUCUAUAGUUGCAGUUAUAUUCAAUGGUAAAUCUUUGACUCCUGAAGUUGUAGUCGACGAGACUUGGUGGUCCGACCCUGAGCUUUGCAGAGAAGCACAGCAAUGGUAUUUCUUGUCAAAGACGUUAGCCGAGGAUGCUGCUUGGAAGUUUGUGAGAGAGAAAGGUAUUGACAUGAUCGCUAUAAACCCAUCUGCGGUGAUUGGUCCUCUGUUGCAACCAACUCUCAACGCCAGUUGCGCUGCAAUUUUGAACUUGAUCAAUGGUGCAGAAACAUACCCAAACUUAACAUAUGGGUGGGUGAACGUAAAAGAUGUUGCGAAUGCACAUAUUCUGGCAUUCGAGAAUCCUUCGACCAAUGGAAGGUAUUGUCUGGUUGAGAGUGUCAAACACCAUUCAGAAACCGUGAAGAUAAUUCGUGAGCUGUACCCCACUCUUCGGCUGCCUGAAAAGUGUGCCGAUGACAACCGAUUGAUGCCAACGUACCAAUUCUCAAACGAAAGAGCAAAGAGCCUUGGGGUCGAAUUCAUUCCUCUCAAAGAGAGCAUUAAGGAAACUGUUGAAAAUGAUCAAAACAAGACACAGCACUUACUCUCACUUGAUGGUGCAAAGGAGAGGCUUCAAUUGAUAAAAGCAGAUUUAAAUGAAGAAGGCUCCUUUGAUGCUGUUGUUGAUGGCUGUGACGGCGUUUUCCACACCGCCUCUCCAUUUUUCCUUUCAACUACUGAUCCACAGGCAGAUUUGAUUGAUCCUGCCCUGAAGGGGACUCUGAAUGUGCUCCGAUCAUGUGCGAAAACACCGUCAGUCAAAAGGGUCGUUUUGACUUCAUCAGUAGUUGCCGUUUUCGCCAAUGGCAAUCCUCGAACUCCUGAAGUUGUUGUUGACGAGACUUGGUGGUCCGACCCUGAGUUUUGCAGACAAACACAGACGUUGGCCGAGGAUGCUGCUUGGAAGUUUGUGAGAGAGAAAGGUAUGGACAUGGUUUCUAUAAACCCGGGCUUGGUGAUUGGUCCCCUGUUGCAGCCAACUCUUAACACAAGUUCUGCUAUAGUCUUGCACAUGAUAAACGGUGCAGAAGCAUAUCCAAACCAUACAUUCGAAUGGGUGAACGUAAAAGAUGUUGCAAAUGCGCAUAUUCUGGCAUUUGAGAAUCCUUCGGCAAAUGGAAGAUACUGUGUGGUGGAGAGUGUUGCACACUGUUCAGAAAUUGUGAAGAUACUGCGCGAAUUGUACCCUGAGCUUCGAAUUCCUGAAAAGUGUGCCGAUGACAAGCCAUUCAUGCCCACAUACAAAUUCUCGAAAGAAAGGGCUGAAAGCAUAGGUGUCGAAUUCACUCCACUCAAAGAGGGCAUCAAGGAAACAGUUGAAAGUUUGAAGGAGAAGAACUUUUUCAAAGCUACUUAAAAUAAAAGCCUCUCUAGUUCUCGUUAUUGCUAUUGUGUGUUGUUGAUACCCAACAACUCCAUGAACACAUCCUAUAUUUGUUCCAUUAUUUCUCUGCAGAACAUAAUCAGCAGUUGGACCUUCUGUUUUUUCUAUGUGUGUAUGUCCAAUUUCAACAUAUUAUGGCAUGUGAAGUUUGAUUAAUCCGCGUGAAUCAUGAGCAAAGCAAGUGGAUUUGUAUUUUGAAUUAUUAGUAGAAAUAUUCAAAUAAAACCCUGCUCAUAGAUCAAAACAGGCUAAUUAUACUCUACUCUUCAACUUACAAAAAAUUGAGUGCUUAUCACAAAUCUAUAAUUCAAUUUGUAUGUGCA